AUGUACAAUAAUAGAGAGGAUAAUAUAUGCUUAAUUCAUCAAUUAUAAAUCGAAGCUAUUAAUAUGGAUCUGAAUUCAGAUUGUCAAUUACGACGAUAUUGCAGUAAAUGUCUUAUAGAAAAAACUUAUGAUGGCACUUUAUGUAUAAAUAGUGAAAUAAAUGAUCAUAUAUAAGAAAUUAAGAAUAAUUUUUUAGAAAAAAAGGCAUUUUAUUUGAAACACAAUAUAAACACCAUUGAAACCAUUUAAAAUACUGUCUAAAACUUAAAAACUAAUUUUUCUUCAUCUUUUAAUAAAAUCUAUGAAAAUUUAUAAGCAGAAAAAAAAAGAUUAUAAGAUUAAUGUGAAUUUCUACAGAAAACACUAGAUCUAGUUAAUUUAGAUAAUUUUUCAUAAUUUAAAUUAUCAACCAAUGAGAAUGUAUAUUAGAUUGAAAGUUUUAAAAAUCUAAUAAAAUCAUCUUUAGAUUAGAUUAAAAAUAAUGAAAGUCUAUAAUUUUGUAUUUAGGAAAUAGAUAAAUUGGAAGAAGAAAAGGAAGAAUUAAUAUUUACUCGUUAAUUUAAUAAUGAGGAAUCAAAUAUUAUUGUAAUUAUACUUUAUAGAAUUAGGCUACUCCAAGUUUGAAAAUAUAAUGUUAAGAACAUAAGAAAUAAAUAAUAGCAUUUGAUAUGAAUAUUAAUCGUGCUAAAGAAAAUAGAAUGGCUUGUAUACAUUGUAUUGAACAAAAUCCAAAUUAAUAUACUUCUCUUAAAACAGUAUAGGAUAAAUGGAAAAAAUUUGAAGAAUUCAAAAAAAAUCAAUACCAAUAGAUACUUGAUUAAUAUAAAGAAAAUAAAGAUCAUAUUUUAGAAUAACUUUAAAUAAUAAACGAAGCUCAUCAAGAAAUGAAUCAUUAAAUUACAUUGAAAUUAAAUGAUUAUUAUUAAAAUUUAACUUAAUAAAUAGAGUAGAUAUUUAAUUAGAUGGGUAAAAAUUGGGCUAUUUGUUAACAAAAAGAAAUAUAUGAUAAUAUUGAAAAUUUAAUAAUACCUACUUGCAAUUAAGAAUUCUCUUGUAAUUUAUAAGAAUAUUAUACUAAUUAAGAAAAUUGUGUUAAUUUAAAUAUUUUUGAUUCAAUUAAAAAGAUUAAAGAAACCCUCAAAGAAAGUUUUUAUUAAAUUUUUUAGCUGAUUAAAAUAAAUUCUAAUUUGUAGAUAAAACAAAAAGAGAUAUAAAUUUAUGAUAAAAUCACAUUUACUAGAUCUCCUUUUUAAAUUAAUUCUAAAUAAGUAGAUUUAAGUUUAUCUAUUUAAAUUCCAAGUAAAUUAAAAAUAAAAUCAAAAGAAAUAUAAAUAUAAAUGCUUUAAAAAUAGAAAUACUUUAGUUUUGAAAAUUUACCUUCAUAAAAAAUAGCAUAAGAUGAAAAUUGUUAUGCUUUAAUUUUUAAUCCAAAUAAUAAUUUAUUAGUGGCAGGUUGUGGUUCAAAAUUAUAAACUUUUACAUUCAUUGAUGGCUCUUUAAAAAACUAAAGUAUUAUAGUUUAACAUUAAAAUAAUGUAUCAGCAUUAUGCUUUAUAAAAUUUAAUCAGUUUAUUUCAGGUGAUUCAAAAGGAUAAAUAUAUUUUUGGAUAGAACAGAAUAAUGAUUGGAUAAAAUAGUAAGAAAUAUUAUUGGAACAUACUGAAUAAAUAAAUUAAAUAAUAUUUAGUGCAAAAUUCAAUUAAAUAAUUACAUGUAGUAAUGAUAAAACGAUAAAAAUAUUUGCUUUCACUUAGAAUUGGGUUUGUCAAUAAACAUUAGAUUCUCAUUAAAAUUAUGUAUGUUCUAUAGCCUUAAACUUAUCUGAAACCAUGUUGAUAUCUUCUGGUUCUGAUAAAUAAUUGAAAGUUUAUAAAAGAAAACAUAAAUUUACUUUGAUGUAAAAUAUAUAAGUAGAAGAUAUUAUAUAUCGCCUUUUAUUUAUAGAGGAAUUAAAAUUUUGUGUUUAAGUUUCAUCUAGUAUUCAUCUUAGUUUUUACAAUUUUGAUGAAAAACAAAAAUUAUUUAUACUGAGUUAGACAACAGAAGUUUAAAAUUAAAAGAGUUGUAUUUAAGGAUUUCCAAUUGGUUUUUGUAAGUAAAGUUCUAUGAUUAUAUGUAAACAUGGAACUUACAUUAAUAUAUUAAAGAAAAUGAAUAAUUAAAUUUAUCGUACUGAAUAAUCUAUAAAUUUUGACACUAUGUAUUUUUAUGGGGCUAUGAGUUCAGAUGGUAAUCAUAUAGCAACAUGGGAUUAUAAAACGAAACAAAUUUAAGUAAGAAAAUUAAUUUAAAAUUGA